AUGCGACUGUCAUUCAGUGAAGGAGCCACGUGUUCUUCAUACAUCAUCCUCUUGACUGCCCCUCCUAAGCUCUUCCUCCCUCUCCCCCCCACACUACCCCCUUCCUCCACCGCUCGUAUGCAUGUACGAGAGGUGAACGUGUGGGACUACAGCUCGCGGCGGCUGGUGCAUUCAGUGGACUCGGGCCACUCGGGCAACAUUUUCUGUGUGCGCUUCAUGCCUGAGACGGGGGAUGAUGUAUUAGCCUCUGGCGCUGGGGACAACGAGGUGCGAGUGCACAGGCUCUCACGCUCCACUGCUCCUGCCCCUACCACGUCAUCCUCCCCCUCUGCAACUGGUUCGCCCGGUGCCGGUCGGCAAGAUUUGUCUGCAUCCGGCGGUCCGUCCCAUUCAUCAGAGCAGGCAGCAAUGUUCCGGUGCCACAACCGACGGGUCAAGAAGCUUGCGGUGGAGGAGGGCAAUCCGCAUGUGGUGUGGAGUGCAAGUGAGGACGCCACACUGCGCCAGCACGACCUGAGGGAGACGUCUGUCUGUCCUCCGCCCACCACACACGCGCGCCCGCACUCGCCUCUCCACCACUCCCUCUUUCACGGCGCCUCAGAAUGCCGCAGUGUGCUGCUUGACCUUCGGGCAGCUGGAAAAGUUUCGCUCGAGGAUCCUGCUCGCGAUUCAUUGGCUCUCAAGUCUUGUGCCAUCAGCCCGACCCGGCCACACCUGCUGAUGGUGGGAGGAAGUGACGCCUUUGCUCGCAUCUACGACCGUCGAAUGCUCCCGUCACCCUCCUCCCUCUCGCGCGCCUCUCCUCGCCCCAAGCCCCCGCCCCCUCUGCUCCUGCUCGCCCCCAGUCACCUUUCUGAACCGCAAGGGCGCUCAGGCCUGCACCUGACCCACGUGGCCUUCUCAGCCUAUGGGGAGGAGGCGUUGCUGAGCUACAGUGGCGAGCACGUGUACCUGUUUGACCUGGAUCGAGCAACCCUGCCAUCUAUGAUUUACACUCCUGCUGACGUGGCGGCGUCUCACAGGCUGGCUCCGCUCAAACCCUCGGACAUUCAUUACAAUCACACCGCCGGCCCCACCACCACCACCACCACCACUGUCAGCAACGGCCGCACUAACGGGUUUUGCCAAUCAGGCAACCACAACCAGCAGCAGCAAGAACAAGAACACAUUAUUUGCAGCAACAGCAAGCAUAAGCCCUCCUCUCCUCACUUGAAACCCCACGGUCCUAAGCCCGUUGCAGCUAAGCCCGCACAGCCUGCUAGCUUUGGGGAGAAAGAUAAGAACGGCGCUCUUCCGAAGCAGAGCGACAGGUUCGGCAGCGCCAGCAGCAGCAGCGUGUGGGAUAGGUACACCAAUGGACGGACUGAAUUGCCUCGGGCAGGAGUGGUUCGGGACCGAGCCGUGGGCCCAGGCUUGGGACCAAGGGACCGGGAUUAUACCAAGCUGCAAGAAUGCGAGCAGCUGCUGGAGGAAGCUUCUGCGAUAGUUCUCGGCCUAGAAUCCGAGUCAGAAGCAGGCAGGCCGGCAGGCGAGAGGGGAGAGGGGGCGGGAGGGGCAUCAGGACCUGCCUCAGGUGCCGCCCCAGGUGCCGCCUCAGGUGCAGCGUCAGGUGGGGCCGGCAGGAGGGCGUCAAGGGAGAGCACGCAGGCUCAGCAGGUGGCGUCUGGGCGGCGGGCCAGCCUGGCGACAGACUUGUGCAGUGCAGUGCUGGAGGAGGGGGGGGAUGUGAUUGGGCCGGGGGUGCGGCACGAUGCGCUCUGCACCAGAGCUGCUGCAAUGCUGGAGAGGGGAUGGAAGAAUGACGAUCUGAUGGUGUUGCGUGACUGUAACGAAGCCAGGCGGAUCCUUCCCACGUCCAUCCGCGCUCAUCUCUACAUGGCCCAUGCCUUCUCCCAGCUGGGCCAGCAUCAGGAGGCGGUGGAGUUUGCAGAGCGAGCAGCCAUGUUUGACAGCAACCUCUCCUCCUACGUGGUGUCUCUGCGAGCCAAGAUGGCUGCUGCAGAGGAGGGGAGGCAGAAUCGCCUGAGCGCAUGGGGGCAGCCGCACACGGGGGGAGGGGCAACAGUGGAGGAAGAGGAGCGAGUGGGGCCGGAGGGAGUGAGGAGAGAAGGCGUGGGGGCAGAGGGACAGGAGGCAGGGGCAUUGGGGGCACGGGGAGCAGGGGAUAGGGGAGAGGGUGAUAGAGUGGAGGGCAGUGAGGCGAGGAGGGAAGAGGAGGUGAAACUGGCAGAGGAGGGAGUAAAGGAAGAGGGUGGGGAGGAGGGUGCAGAGGAGAACGAGGCGGAUGAAGGGGAGGCGGAGGAGGAGGAAGAGGAAGAGGAUUUUGAGGUUCGUGUGGACGUGAGACUGGGUGCUGGCGUAGAAGCAGAGGAGAGAGAAGCAGACAGGGGGAAUGAACUCGUGGGAGGAGGAGCGGGAGCAGUGGGAGGAGCGGGAGGAGCGGGAGGAGGAGGAGAAGCGAGUGGGGGAGCAAGGAGGGUGAGUCUGAAUCUUAGACUGAGGAGGAGCAGAGAAGGGGAGGAGGACCGAGAGGAGGAGGGAGUGCGACGGGAGAAGAGUGCGCGAGGGGCGGGUGGAGAGACGAGGAGAAUGGGGGGCGGGAGUGUGGGCGCGCGGGAGGAGGGAGAAGAGGAGGACGAGGAGGGGGAGGAGGGUGAGGAAGGCGAGGAGGAAGAGGUGAAAAGGGGGAUGAGGGCGGUGGAUAUGCGGCAGCGCUUUGUGGGGCACUGCAACACGGGGACGGAUAUCAAGCAGGCGUCUUUUCUGGGCGACCGGGGGGAGUUUGUGUCGAGUGGGAGCGAUGAUGGGCGGUGGUUUGUGUGGGAGAAGCGCACUGGCAGAGUGGUGAAGAUGCUGGCAGGGGACGAGCAUGGUGAGUGGGACGAGCAUGGUGAGUGGGACGAACAUGGUGAGUGGGACGAACAUGGUGAGUGGGACGAACAUGGUGAGUGGGACGAACAUGGUGAGUGGGACGAACAUGGUGAGUGGGACGAACAUGGUGAGUGGGACGAGCAUGGUGAGUGGGACGAGCAUGGUGAGUGGGACGAACAUGGUGAGUGGGACGAGCAUGGUGAGUGGGACGAGCAUGGUGAGUGGGACGAGCAUGGUGAGUGGGACGAGCAUGGUGAGUGGGACGAGCAUGGUGAGUGGGACGAGCAUGGUGAGUGGGACGAGGUGAGUGGGACGAGCAUGUGGGACGAGCAUGGUGAGUGGGACGAGCAUGGUGAGUGGGACGAGCAUGGUGAGUGGGACGAGCAUGGUGAGUGGGACGAGCAUGGUGAGUGGGACGAGCAUGGUGAGUGGGACGAGCAUGGUGAGUGGGACGAGCAUGGUGAGUGGGACGAGCAUGGUGAGUGGGACGAGCAUGGUGAGUGGGACGAGCAUGGUGAGUGGGACGAGCAUGGUGAGUGGGACGAGCAUGGUGAGUGGGGCGAGCAUGGUGAGUGGGGCGAGCAUGGUGAGUGGGACGAGCAUGGUGAGUGGGACGAGACGAGCAUGGUGAGUGGGGCAAGCAUGGUGAGUGGGGCAAGCAUGGUGAGUGGGGCGAGCAUGUUGAAUGGUGGGGUGAGACAUGUGGUGAACUGCAUUCAGUGUCACCCAGUCGACUGUUGUGUGGCCACCAGCGGCAUCGAUGACACCAUCAAGUUGUGGACGCCCCAUGCACCAUCGGCAUCAAGGGUAGCAGCAGGGGUGGGGGGGCCUGAGCCGGCCGACAUGAUUCGAGUGAUGGUGGAGAACCAGCAGCGCAUGCGCCGACCUCGCGAGUUCUUUGCGUGA